UACCGUGUGUCUGGGUCAGGGGGCGGGCCGCCACGUUUAUAGUAUACUCUCUAUAUCGGACAGGUGUACCCCAUUCCGAGUCCACGAGUUCUCGCGUGCAGCAUCGAGCCGCAGCCACGCCGCGUAUAUUUCUAGCUGGCCGCGAAAAAUCGGUGGCUGAUCAACAGGAGUCCACGGGUAGCCUCCGACGACGAUCGACCGAGUCGUUCGGAAGAGCGAGCGGUUUUCGAGACUACUCAUCAACCUGCUUCGCGCGUUCUCGCCGGUUACGUCCUCGUUUUCGCCACUGAAAUCGGUCGAGAUCAACCGACUGUGCUUUACAGAGCCUCCGACCGCGCGGGUACGCGGAGAUUUUGCGGCACAUGGUGCUUCGAUCAGUGAGGUGCGUCCAUCGAAUUAUUCUACUGUUACGAGUUGCACGCUUCUGACGGACCCGGACCGAUUCUUCAACUACCAUUACCCAGACACACCGGCGAAUUUACAAAUACUCCACCGUGGACGCUAAAACGGUAUGCGGUGGCGAAUCUUCAUUGUAGCCUGUCUCCUAUUAAAGGGGCUGGCGCGAGCGGAGGAUGUGGAGGUGGUCGAGGCGAUACCGGGGGAGGACAACCGGAACGACAAUUCGGCGUUGAAUCGGCAGGACAACGACAUAAACAGUUCCGAUCAGUUGGCGUUGGAAUCGUUAGGGGAAAAGGAUGCGGGUGGUAACCAUUACAAGCCGGGAGGACUUCGGGGACAUCCCCUUCCGCUGCCCCCGAAUCGAGGUGGUCUGGGACUUCCACAUCCGAGACCGCACCAUAACGUCGCUUAUCACGGUCCACCGCCUCCAUUGCCCCCCUCGAAGACACCGUCGGAAGCCAUUGACAAGAUCUACACCACGGGUGGUGGUAUUAGCACAGCGGUAGGUGCAGAACCCUGGCCGGCGCCCACGCCAGACAUGCCGAAGAUCAUUUCUCUGGACGUGAAGUGCGAGAAAAGUUUGAUGAAAGUAUACCUCGGCUUCGAUAAACCGUUCUACGGCAUAGUCUUCAGCAAGGGCCACUACAGCAACGUUAACUGCGUCCACUUGCCGGCAGGUUUAGGACGCACGUCGGUUAACUUCGAGAUUAGUAUACACGCGUGCGGCACCGCCGGGAACACGGAGAACGGCUUGUACGGCUACGGUGCCGAGUCCGGGUCAGGGACGUACUUCGAGAACAUUAUCGUGGUGCAGUACGACCCGCAAGUGCAGGAGGUCUGGGACCAGGCGCGCAAGCUGCGCUGCACGUGGCACGAUCUGUACGAGAAAUCGGUCACCUUCCGUCCGUUCCCCGUCGACAUGCUGGACGUGGUGCGGGCCGAUUUCGCCGGCGACAACGUCGGCUGCUGGAUGCAGAUACAGGUGGGCAAAGGUCCGUGGGCGUCGGAGGUCUCCGGCCUGGUCAAGAUCGGCCAGACGAUGACGAUGGUGCUGGCCAUAAAGGACGACGACUCCAAGUUCGACAUGCUCGUGAGAAACUGCAUGGCCCACGACGGCAAACGGGCCCCGAUACAAUUGGUCGAUCAGAGAGGAUGCAUCACCAGGCCUAAGCUCAUGUCUCGGUUCACGAAGAUCAAGAACUUCGGCGCAUCGGCUUCGGUCCUCUCCUACGCUCACUUCCAGGCGUUCAAGUUCCCCGACUCCAUGGAGGUGCACUUCCAGUGCACCAUACAGAUAUGCCGGUACCAGUGUCCGGAGCAAUGCUCCGAGUCCCCGUUACUGCUGGAGUCCCAGGGAUUACUGGAGAACCAUCAUCACCCGCCGUCCAACGGACACCCCGAUUCCAGCUACGGACUUCCGCCUCCUAUCCCGCUUCCUCUGGAAGCUUAUUUGCAGGCGGCGGCUGGACGCCCUCGGGACGAGAGACGAAGGAAAUCUCGGGAAAUAGUGCCGACUCCGCAGAAGGCGGUCGGCGUCAAUCGAAUAAUACGGGUGGUAUCCACCGGUGACCUAACCUUCUCUAUCCAGGACUCGAACAAUGAGGAGCCUAAUGGGCCCACGAUGGUGUUUCCCGUACGUAACGAGAACACCGCCAACGCGGCUAUGAUUUGCAUGACUACCCCGGGCUUUGCCGUUACUCUCGUAGUACUUCUUGCCGUCUUACUUUCGUCGUGUAUACUAUCCACCUACCUCUGUCUACGUCUAAGACCGUUCUCAGGAAAAGCCAAGAAGGCUACCGCGUAUUACAAUGGCGAACAAAACGCACCUAAAAAGUCGACGAGGACGUGUUUUUACUCGUAGGUACAAAACGGUCGCGGCAGUUUAGCAAACGGUACGCUGUCGAUCGAUUCUACUUUUUCCUUUGUGUCAAGCGGAGAAUCAUCGAAUCAUGCGGGGUCACAUCCUGCGGACUGUUCUUCGAUUAUUUUGCGCGAUCGAAAUUUAUGUAUCGCAACUUUUGGUAGUUGCUCAAUUACCGGAUGUGCACGUGGGAUUACUUGGGAAAAUGGCGGCGUUCAAUCAAUUUGGACGCUCAAACUUGAAUUUGAUUUUUGUUCAUUUUUUUGUGGAAUUGAACUGAGGUCAAUCAAUUGAAUUGAUGUUUAGAUUCAGUUGAACUCAGUAAGAAAAGAAACUCAAGUUUGUAGAAUCAUGUUGAGAGAUCUGAAAAUAAUGGAAGACAAGAUGGCGUCCGCGUUGUCCAAAGUAGUGCUGUGUACAGAAAUUCUGGUGUAUGUCGAUCGAUCGAGACCGUUCGCAGACGAUUUUUUAAGUUUUAUUCAGUGGAUGUCGCAGAAACCGGUCCUCUUGGUCGCGCCAUUCCAGGUAAUCGUAGAGGCUACAGAAUGUCGUAAGCACGAUUCUGUAUAUCACCACGUACCAGACGGAGUAUCGUUCGGUAAUAAAUAAAUAGGAUACUCUCUGCUACGUGUAGCGUGUCCGUUUGAUCGAGAAGGAUCGAACAAUACGGAUUCGUGCUUCGCCAUAAUGAAACUUACGCUCAAGCCCUCACAGGCGUCUGUGUAUAGACAUCAAGGAAAUUUAGUCAAAGAUAAUCAAACACUUUGCGCUCGCGACUCCCUUGUUACAGUUAUUAUUCGGGACCAUGGUACUUGGGUAUUUUUAUUUCCAAUCGUUACCCGUUGUGUAACUCGGUUUACGAUCAAGGCUGAAAUACUGCGAGAAGAAUAGUCUACGCAAAAAUAUCGUUUCUUGUUCUUCUAAUAUUGUUGACAAUAUUAUUGUUUUAAUUAUUAUUUAUUUACUGCGUAAUUUAUGUUCCAAAUUUGGUCGGCUUUAUACGAUGUAUCUUGCACUUGUAACAUACGAAAUUAAACAGCUUUAUUUUAUGUUGUUUGCAUUCAAUUCGCUUCAGUGAAGUGAAUUUUUCAAAUAGCGCGCCAAGUUUUAGUGGAAAUUUUUUUCCUGUCAUAUAAAUUCUAAAAGUAAUUAGCUAAAAAUUUUACAAAUUUUCCAUGCGAAUGAGUAUUUUAGGACGCAAGAUAUCAAGAUCAAAUGUAUAAAGCAAUAGUCAGUAGCUUGUAAUAGCACACGAAAGCUAAUAUAUUUAAUUGUAACUUAAGCACGUAGAUAUAAAAAAAAUGUUUAUAAAUUAUUCUUCGUCGAAUGAGACAAUGUAUUACG